AUGUUUGAGAUAUUGUUCGGUUGGUCCAAGGCUUCGAAAUGUAAGAACGCUAUAAAGAAAGCAUGUUACAGAAUCGGGUUUCUCAAGAGCAAGAGACAAACAAUAGUUAAGCAACUGCGAAAUGAUUUGGCGAAGUUAAUACAAAGCGGUCGUGAAGAAACUGCGCUUAAUCGGGUUGAGCAGUUAAUAAAAGAUGAAAGCAUGGCAGAUGCGUAUGAAUUGUUAGAAAAAUUCUGUGAAUUUAUUCUAUCACAGUUGUCUUAUAUUCGAAGGCACAAGGACUGUCCAAAUGAUAUUAAAGUAGCGGUUUCUAGUCUUAUAUUUGCAUCUGCAAGAUGUGGCGAAAUUCCGGAGCUUUCUGUCAUCAGGCAAUUAUUUGGAAGACGAUAUGGAGAGAAAUUUGCAAAGGCCGCGGUUGAGUUAUAUCCUGGGAAUUUUGUAAACAAGCAGUUGACAGAGAAUUUAUCAGAAAAAUGUGUGACCGAGGAUUUGAAGUACGCAAUGGUGAACAAAAUUGCUAGAGAAAAUAACUGUCUCCAACAAAACGUUUUAGCCAUAGAAUAUUACCCUGAUUGCCAACAAGUGCAGCAUAUAGAAAACAAAGGGUAUCAAGUAGUGGAAAAUGAUCCAAAAGUAAAUGCCUCAAUUUCAGAAUCUAAAGUCCAUUCAUCACAUAUUGAUGAGAUGGAAAGAGGUGUCAAAUGUGUUCAUUCAUCAUUUAUUUCCAAGCCAUGUGACUCUUGCAAUGCUCUUCCCAAAUCAACCUUUGCUGUUGAUUCUUCUGCUAUAAUGUCGAUUGUUCCGCAAUAUCCUCAAUAUAUUCUGAGCUAUCCUUUGCAAGAUAAAUUCGAGAAAAUAGUUGAGGUAGAUUUUCCUAAGCUACUUUCUUCAGAAAUGGUAGAUUAUGUUGAAGAGGUUGAGGAGUAUCAAUUUUCAUUACCAAAAUACGCUGCCUGCCACAAAGAAAUGCUAUUCGAGUACAAUUCUUCAUCUCUUUCUGGUAGAGAAAAAACUAAAACUGGUUUCGGCGAAAGUUAUAUUGAUCAAGACGAAUCGUUGUGUGAGUCGUUAAACACAAUGACCUCAAGAAGGAGCAAAAGAGGACAUAGGAAAAGAUCAAUAAGAAGACCAUCCUCCAUAAAAAAUGUAGGCGUUAUUGAUAUUGGAUACAUGGUUUAUUAUCAAAAGCCAUGCAGAAAUCAGAAGAAUGUUAGUGUUCCUGACAGUGGAAAAAACCAGAAGAAACCGAUACUACAUGGGCGAAAAAAUUUACAAUCAGGUCAGAACAAAUAUAGAAACCAACCAAGGUUGUGUCUAGCAGAAGAGGAAGAGGAAGAGGCUAGUCUUCUACAACAUAGCGUAGUCGGAUUCAAAACUCGGCUCGAAGAGGAUAAUCUCACAACGAAAAAUGAAUCCGCGGAAAACCAGAUAAAGAGUGAAGAUAGCACGAGGCGAAUAAACUUCAACAGAAAAAUUAAAGGAUGCAGCUUGGACAAACCGUGUUACUAUUAUCUUUAUGAUAACAAAGACUCACUGGAAACUGAACCUUUGAUAGAAGCUAAGUCACAUGUUGAACAAGAUUGUAUGCAUAAUGAAUGCUGUCAUUGUAGACCAUUUUGUGAGGUUGGGAAUAAUGGAAACAACGAAACAAAAGAAGAGAUUAUUGCCAGCAUCAGUGUUUCUGAUCCAAAGAUUAAUGGUUCUUUGACAAGAACUGAAAAGGAAGUUUCAUAUUCAAGGGCCAUGACAAUGCCACAGGAGAGACAUAGAAAAGGGAAAGAUAUGUUACGGACAUAUUCAUGUCAACAAUAUCCUAAUCAUGUUCAUCCUAAGUUGCCAGAUUAUGAGGACAUUGCUGUCAAGUUCACUGCUCUCAAGAAAAACCACAUUCAAAAUAAAGACUAUACCGUAGAAACUAGAGGCAUAUACACAACACAAGAUUAA